AUGUCACAAAUUGAAAACCCGCCGGACUGGCUAAAGUCAGAAAAAGUCAACGUUCUUUUAAUGAACUUCAUAGCGGAAAAGGCGAACGAAUCGCUUUCUCUUCUCAAUAUCUCAAAGAUAUGCAAAGAAUUCAAGCAGCAGAUCUAUUGUGAUGUUUCGGAAAAGAACUUGCACAGCAGGAUUCGCAACUUUCGUCUUCGAAUCCACGAGUUGGAAGAUUUGGACAAUGACACGAAAGUGAGAAUGUUGUUCGUUUUGAGUGCUCCAGUAGACAGUGGAUUCUUGAUAGAACUGAGAAAGGACGCUGAGGUAGAAUUCGAUGAUGUUUAUCGAAUCACCAAAUAUCAGAAAAAAGACGGAACACUAACAUUGAUCCGAGAGCAGAUUCCCCCGGUCCGUCAAUUCGACACGCGAAGCGACAAAAGCCUUCUUAAGUUUCUGGCGGUGAUGGCGGAAGAACAACGCUCACCGGUGUCGGACACAACAUUCGUAACAGAGUUCAGAGAUGUAACUGAAUCUGAGAAAUCUGUUCAAACCUUCAAAGAACGGUACACUCUCAUCAAGAGACAAAUUUACCUCUCAACAGAGUACGAUAUACCAACACGUAUCAAAAUGAUGUUCGUAUCAAGCACAAGACUUCAUUCGAGUAUUCUGGCUGAACUUCGACAAAGUGCGUAUGUAGAAGUGGAUAAUAAAAGCCGUAUCACUCAUUACAUGGCAAAUGAUGGAUCCCUCGAGUUGAAGGGUAAUCAUGUACAUCCGAGAAGUAGCGGUAUCGAGAAUCAUCUUUCGGACUCGGAUGUCGAAAUGGAAGAGAAGCAUGCAAUUAAGCGAGAAGUUAUCAAGGAUUUGGAAGUCCCAGCUUCAAAAAGAAAAAGAAUAUCGACGAAAAGAUUUUCCCCUGAAGAAUAUGUUUACGAUGUCGAUGACAUGGGUUUCGAGAACGACAGACAUAUCCAGGAAGCAGCUGAUCCAAUGAUGUUUUCAUAUGAUUCGGAGAACUACAAUGGAGAACAACCUAGAAGACAUCCGAAAGAUUUAAUGAAAAAAAGCUCUUUGUUGAAUUCUAUCAUCGAAACCGAGGAACGAAAGUUGGCAAGAGUUCAUGUCAACCCAUUAUUGGCGGGUGAAAAAAAUAUGAGGACUGGAAUAGAGUCGGGACUUCCAACUUCCUCAAACUUACAAGAUCCGAAUUCCAAGCAUCAAGACAUGUCAGGGCCGUUGACUCCAGUAGCAAGAAUGAGCAAUAGUGACAGACAAGAAUACCGAGAUAUUUUUAGAGCGGAUCCAUCCGCUUUCAAUAAUAUUCUCAAUUUUGUCGGAGAUGAUUCUAGAGCAAGUGGAGAUCUGGAAAUAAAUGAGACGGUAGCGAACGACUCUCCACGUCGUGAACUCUCGUCUGAUGGUCUGCAAACUGUUACUCGGGAAUCAGUAUCUCCUCCCAGUGAUAACGUAAACAACUUUCCGGUAAAGAAAGUUUUGGAAUGGUUGCGCAUAAUCAUUUUGUCGUUGGAUUCUUAUCACCUUGAACUGUUGGAAAUCGAAGUUGAUAUUGCUCUGACUACUAUCAAAGACGAAUCUAAGAUGGUAUCUCUCCAAGAAAUUCUCUCAACUCUGCGCAAUGGUGUUCAUAUCGUUACUAGAAAUUGUCAACCGAUUUCAUCUUCAGAAGAGACGACGAACCUCAACGACUAUCUCCUGAAUCUUCACACCAGUCUUUUCAUAAUAACUUCGCCAUCGGUUGCUGUUUUCCAGAACGAAAUCAAAAAAAUUCGCAAGAAUGUUGAAGUAAACAGACAAAUUCCGAUUCAAUGCAUUCGUCCUACUUUGGAAACAAUAUACUUGUUAGCUUUCUCCUAG